AUGGCUGAUAGAUCGACACAAGAGCCGAAGACUUUUUACUUUCCGGACUUUGGAAAAAUUAGAGCUGCGGACUUCACCUUCAAACUCGACAACGUAAUGGAGGAUGUCCAAGAGAGGAAGAGCAAGAGGAAGGCCAGCACUGAAGAAGGGCCUUCUGACAAGAAGCUGAGGGGUGAUACUGAGAGCCAAACCAGUUCCCCUGUCAUGACUGUCGAUGAGGGUGCAGGUGUGAGGGGGAAUAAGCGGAGGGCCGAUGAGACUGAUGAGGAGCACCCCAACAAAAAGCUCAGAACUAGCACUGUCACCAGCAUCACUGAGCCCAGUAGUGGGGUGUCUAAGCGUUUCAGAGUACGGAGGCAGAGAAGAAGGGCCUACAGUCACACAGACAGGUCCUCAAAAAUGUCCUCUGGCCUGAGCCUGAAGAUCUGCACAUCAUGCUCAUCUUCCUCCUCAGAAAAGGAAGAAGGGUAUGACUUGUCCUUUGCAGUCAAAACCAACAGAGCUGAAUUUGAAGGCUCAUACUACGAGCUUUCCAAACUCGGUAGCGGAGGUUUUGGAUCUGUGUAUGAAGGCUACAGGAGAAACGACAUGACACCAGUGGCUAUUAAACACAUUCCAAAGGAGCUGGUCGAUUACACGGAGGUGGUCCAAGAUGGAAAGGAGUUUAAAGUCAUCGAUGAAGUCGCCCUCAUGGUAAAAGCAGCAGGUGGGGCUGAAUCAGCUGGGACAUCUGCAGCUAUCUCCCUGCUGGACUGCUUUGAUCUGGAGGAGGAACUGAUCCUUGUUAUGGAGAGACCAACACCUUCCAUGGAUCUUUACCGAUACCGCAGGGCCAAAGGAGGAUACCUGCAGGAAGACGAGGCAAAGAUUAUCCUGAAGCAGAUGGUGGAUGCAGCACUCGAUAUGCACCAACAUGGAGUGUUUCACAGGGACAUCAAGUUGCUAAACGUCCUUGUUGAAACUGGAUCCGCUGUCCCACGUGUCCGGGUGAUUGAUUUUGGCUGCGGUUGUCUUGUGACAAGUGGACACUAUUAUUGCUAUUCUGGUACCUUCACAAAAGCUCCUCCAGAAUGGUUUCUGGACAGACAAUACCAGGCCGAACCCACAACGGUGUGGCAGCUGGGAGCACUGUUGUACGACCUGCUGGACCAUCAGGAAACCUUCGAAACAUCAGUUUAUCUUCGGCACGGGGUUGAAAUCUGUCCUAAUCUGACGACAGACUGCAAAGAUUUCCUGAGGAAGUGUCUUAUUGAAGACCCUGACUGGCGAGCCACCUUACUGCAGCUAAAAUACCAUCCCUGGCUCAGAUAA